AUGAGUCUGCUUAGGCAGAGGAGGAGCUUCCACUUACAUGAGCGGGUGAACCACUUCGUGAACGAGUUAGCCAAGGUGGACGCCAAGUGCCAGCAUGUCUGGAACAUGAAAAACGCCCUCCUGUACCUGUACGUGGAGAUGUGCCUUAAGAGGGGUCACCGAGUUGUGAAAAAAAGGAACCGCAAAAAGGGUGGGCAAAGUUUAAGUCUAAUGGGCCUUUCAACCGACCGUAAGGGGGUGCCCACACAGGGUCCACGAAACAAAUCGUCCCCGAGUUGGACACAAGGAAAAAGCAGAGAAAACACGCAUGCAUCUUCAAAGGAGCAAAUUUUAAAAUACGUGAAGGAAGAAUUCCAAUUUUUCGACAAAAUCUUGGAACUCAAGUCGUACAACUACAUGGCCACGUCUCACAUUUGUACGUUUAAUCAGCUUAUUCGUUUUCUGUGCGGGGGAAGGAAGAACAGUCUUUGUGAGAGCAUCUCGAUUAGCAAAACGAUAAAGAAACGGUUUUACACAAUUGUUAGGAAAAAUGCCUACUACUACGCCAUGCACAAUUCGUUCCUUCUGGUCCAUCUGCAGGAUAUGUAUCUCUCCCUGGUGGAGUUGUUAAAGAGCAGCUACUCCAUUGUCGUAAGGACAAACCUGUUCACGUAUAGUUUCGACUUGGUCAGAGGGUAUCAACUGUGCAGUGAUGCGCCGUGGAACAGGGCAAAAGGGGGGGUGCACACAAGUAACAACCAUCGUAGCGAUGGUCAACACGACGGGGCAGAGGGACCCAUACAGACAAUGCUCAACCCGAUGGUGAAGGUCACCCACAGGGACGAACCUCACACGGGGUAUUACCCCCAGAGAAGCCGUUUUUCCCACCAUAAAAGUACAUACCUGGAGUUUAUCCUCUUUGAAAGGGGAGGAGGAAAAAAUUAUGAACAGAUCAGAAAGAUUACACCGAAAAUAUUGUACAAAAAAUUGAAAAGGAAAAUGAAAAAAUAUAAAGUUCUUUCCAGACAGAUGAUCCACCUGUUGGACAAAUUAUAUAGCGAAAAAAUCUACAUACAUUUUUAUUCCAAUGGGCUCAGGAACGUGCUGUACUGCCGGUGCAACUGUAACGUCUUUUUCCUCGAGGUGGUCUGCAGUGUAAUCCUACCGCUCCAACUGAAGCGGCACAUUGGAGGGAAGAAUGAUUCACCAAUUGGGAGAAGCGAUGAAUGGAAAGGAACACCCUCCGUGGAAAAUCAACAAGCGGAAAAAAAAACACACAUACAGGAAGAAACAUCAUGGCUGCUGCGCUCUCUAGACCAUUUUUUAGCCAAAGAAUUGAAAUACCUCUUCCAUGAGUACACUCGCUUCAGAGUAAAAUAUGGGGAGGAAAAAAAAAACAAUCUCACCAAGCGGGUUAGCAGACUGCUCAAACGGGGUGCACAGGUUCGUGAAACCUGGUAUCACAGCCGCGCUACAACAAAAGGGGACAUUAAAACGAAACGGAAAGGAUGGAUUGCAAAUGGGUUUCCCACUGUUGGUCACCACGGCGAGGAUGACCCCCCUUCACACCCCAAAAAGGAAAAGAUGCAACAAACGGGUGAUGAAGCGACGUGUCCCCCCGUUUUGGUAAGCUAUUAUGGCAUUUUUUUCAAGUGCAUAAUUUACACCAUACAUGAAUACGCUUUGCAGAUAUGUGGGUUACUGCGCGGGAGAUUCAGACAAGUCCCAUCGUCAUUUGUUGACCCAGAACAUUUACAGCAUCCCAAAUGCCCCCACCAUGUGCUUCCCCCAUUUGAGGGAACCAAACAAAGCGGCGGAUCACUACCCCAUGACAAACUCAACUGUAAUGAUAAUUUACGAACCUUGAGAAAAAUAUACCUAGACAUAUUACGCUUUCUUAAAGCCACUAAAAUGAAAGAUUGGAAGAAAAGGGGCACACCGUUUAGCCACUUGGCCAACCGACAGUCCAAGACGACACCCAAAAGAGGUCCAAACAAAACGCCCUUUUUGAAGUUCCUUUUUUCCGCUAAUUUCCGCCUCUUCUUGUGUGAGCACAGGUACGCGUUUUACCUGCUACGGGAGGUGUGUCGGGCCCUUCAGUUCGUCUUCCCGCGGGUGAAGCGUCGGGUUAUGCGACGGGGUAGGCUUCUGUGGAAGGGGCCGGGCUGA